CCAUUUGGUGAGUAGUGUCAUUCCUCCCCUUUCACAACCCAAACUGCCUAAGAACCGAGGGAGCAACUUGAAUGAUAAAGAAAUUUACUUGGUUGAGGCGAUGGAUGCUGCUCUCGAGGAGGAGAUAAAGGAGCAUAAAGAUGAGAGUGAAAGCAUCAAAAGUGAUCGUCAUUGGAAGAGACCUUUGAAGAAAGCGAAGGUAUCAAGUGAUGAUCUCGACGGAAGGGUUUCAAGUGCUUUGGGAGUCCCUGAUGUUCCACCACUGUCACCUUUGAACCAUCAUCUUGAAGGCCUUAUAGAGCAGUUGAUUCGACCAUUGAGAAAGUUGGUACCUCGAAGACUCCUGCCUCUAAACCAGCCAAACAGUCCUUACGUCCAUCUACUCUUCUCGAGGAGAUUCGUCGAGGCAAGAUGAUAGUGGUAGGAAAAGACAUUGGGAGUCCUUCAUCCAAAGGAGAUGCCUGUCCUAAAGCACCCUUACAGAAGGUCAGCUCGACACCUGCUCCCCUUAAGUUUUCUGAAUCGUUUUUAGACACUUCUAAUAGACAGACUACGAGAAACCCUAAACCUUCUCAGUGAGAUGAUGAAAAUAUUGUUUCAAACUUCUUCAAGAAAACAGCCUUAUAUAUGUUGGAGGAUAUUCAAUAUAAGAUCAUGUGAACUUCUUUUGAAUAUAUCCCAAGACUUAGGCUAGAAAUAGUAACGGUUCUCUCGGAGAUUGAAAAGAUCCAUGCAGAUGGCUUGAUUCCUCUUGAAGAGUAUUUAAAUAGCUAUCUUAAGAGGGACAAUUUCAACGAUGUGUAAUCUUCAUAUUUUGCACAGUUGUUGUCAACAGAUAAAGCUCGUCAAUUAGACGAGAGGACAUCUGCCAUCAAGGAAGCUUUAACUUUGAUGGAACAAGUACGAGGGGAUGCCAAAGUUAUUCAAGAAAGAGCCACGCAGUUAUCUUUAGAAAAGAAGGAACUGAAAAGAAGACUUUAGAGGAUAAAUGUUGAGUCUGAACAACUGUCGAUCUUAUCUUGUGAGAAAGAAGAGGCCAUAAACCAGCAAGAACUAGAAGUUGCCAAGCUCCAAGAUGAAGUUAACACCCUUGAAAGCACCCUGUUAUUACUGAAGAAGUGAUUGAGGCCCUGGCUACGGUUCCCAGGAGCAUGGAAGCU